AUGGAGAAAGAGAGAGGCAUCCCAGUGCAGAUGCUGAAUGACCGGGAGAAGGUCAAUAGACCCAACUCACAGGUGGGCUUCAUCGAGUUUGUGAUUUGUCCCAUGGCGGAGUCCAUUACCAACAUCUUCCCACAGGUUGGGGGGAAAAAACAUGGAAAAACAUUCACAAAGCCUGUUUUUCUUUUGAUUUUCGGACCAGGGAGAGUUGGGGAGUCGGUUUGGAUGGUUGGAGAUCCAGACCUAAGAUAG